CGCAAAGGCAGUGAUCUCCCAACUGCCAAACGGGACGCGCGUCCUCUCUUCGCCGCGUUUCGCGCGGUCCCCCGAUUCAUAAUUUAAAUUUUGACAUAAUAUUUUUUUAAGUGAACUAGAGUGCCAGUUGUGUUUGACGAUUUAACUUUUUAAUUUAGAAGAAAUGUUUGCGCAUCGGAAGUGAUGAAUAAGCGAAAGCGAGGUGUAUUCAGAAACGGUGAAAUUAAAACGGGUAGACUGUGAUUUGUAAUGUCAGUGCAAAAGUACGUGAUUGGUGCAAAAAUGCAAUGGGCCGGUGGAGGGGCGCGCGGCCAGCUGAUCGUGUGUCAGUGUGAUUUAUCGCAUUCGAUAUUGAGCGCGCAUUGAAGUCGGACGCGGCGGCAUAAUGUCGGCAGCAGGCUCGGCGGUGGCUAUGAUCGGGGCGAACCUCCGCUUCGGAUCGUCCGGCGCCAGCAACUCCUCGAUCCUCAACAACACGAGACACUGUCCGCCAGGCGGCGCUGCGAGCGCAGCGGCGUUGCUGGCACUGUCGGGACUUGGCAUGUCCGCCAACUUGGCCCUCAUGACGGUUAUAUUGAGCAAGAAACAACUGAGGAGGUGGUCACAUGGCCUUCUAUUCCAUCAGGCGAUAGUAGACUGCGCACGCGCAGCCAUACUGCUGCCACUCGGCAUCGCAGUAUUCAAGUGUCAGCCGGUGUACAAGUGCUCCUUAGUGGAAACAGCAUUUCUUCUGCUUGUAACCGUGUCAACAGUAAACAUGCUCACUACGGUGCUAAACGACAGUCCGAUUUUCCCCGAAAACGAGGAAGAACAAGCAGAUUUAUCGGCGCCAUUACUGAUGGACAGUCCCCAGUGUGUCCUAUUCGGAACAUUUAUGAUAUGGUUCGCAUCGAUCACGAUAAACCUUGGACCGACAUUCCUAUCAGGGGCGUUGGCGGCCAGCGCAGGAUCUUAUGGGUCCUACGGCCCUGCCCCAUCGUGCCCCCUGGUCCGGGGGCCUUUCAGACAUUACGUUCUUAACGCUUUAUGGAUCGGCGUCAACGCUGUUUGCGUUGGACUAACGCUGUUCCAUUUGAAGAAGCUUCAUCGGGACCUUACUAAGGCUAACGUAGAAGCAGUUCGAGUAGCUGGUUUAGUGACAACCCUUGUGAGCAUGGCAGGUGACAACAGGCGUAUGGACUCUCUGCCCAACUCCGUUGGACCCAGGACUGUAGAUGGCGCGUUGUCUGACGGGCAUUGCCGGCCGAGUGGUAGCGCCAACUUGCCGCUAGGUGGCGGGCGUCGGCUGCGGGGGUAUCUGGCCAGGGUGGAGCGGGAGGGGGUGCGCAGGGUCCGCAUGUUUCUGGUCAUCACCGCGGCAUAUGUUCUCUUCUGGGGACCCCUGUUUAUUAUCACGCUGCUGCACCAUCCGGCGCUGACAUCGCAUAUAGCUUAUGAGAUGUACUUCCAAAUCACCCUGCACAUCUCGUACGUCCACGCCGCGGUGAACCCUCUCCUGUUUAUGGCCUUACAUCGAGCAUUACGACGAGCUGCCCUGCAGCUGUGCUGUGGGUGUUGCGUGCAUUGGAGCCAGUUUGUGUUGGCUUUGACGGCAGCCGCUCAAUCGCCUCUAGCGCCGUCAUCAUUCUCGCCGGCAGCUGCAUCUCCAGAACCUCCCCCCGCGCCGCCACCGCCUAUGGCCCCCCCGGCCCCUUCAGUCCCAGCCCCCCCUGGCCCGCCAACGCCUCACACGAUGAUGGUAAUUACUUCUUAUAUAGUUGGGAAGUUGAGGGCUGUGAUGCUGAGAGUAUGUCGAGUUCGCGUGUGCAGGGAGACGAGGAUUUGAUGGCUGAGUCGUGGGGCAACGUGCGCCGGCAGCCGAGGUCGCCCAGCCCACUCCUGCCCGUCAUCUGAACGUCUGCCAGCCACAAAUCUGCCGACGAGUCGCGCGACGCGUCGCCACACAUAUCCAACGAUUGAGCACCAAUAUCGUCCGUACCAAGAUUUUCUUGUAAAUAACAAUCGUCAAAUUGUAUAUAGCAUUCGUUGUGUCGUAGGAUGGUCAUUCUAUGUGUAUAGACAUGUAAAGAUUAUAUCGAUCUACUAACUAACUUUGACUGUGGAAUAAAUUACAUACAGGUAAGAUUUUUGAAUUGUACAUGUUGUAAAGAUUAGAUUAAAUUUUAAGGACUAUAUAAAGCUCAAUUCUAAACAGUCGAGAUACUCGUACGUAGCUAACAUUUCCUAUAUGUGUAGUCGUGUGUGUCAAAUAUUAUAUCAUCAGAACAUAUUUUUGUCAAUAAACAAAAUUGAACACCAAAUAGUUAGGUAUUGACAUUUAAGAUUUGGUCUAAUGGCCUGUAACAAUGGAUGUAACAAUUUUCAAGAUUGCUUCGCACAUUAAUACUUACAACGAUUUUUGGGUUACGAAGAUGAUAAUCGUGCUUAUACGCUUGUUGGUUUGGUCAUGUUUACAGGAUUUUAUUUUAUCUGUUACGAAUCGUCAUGUUCAGUCAAGAAAAAUUUGCUUGCUAUUCUAUAUUAUGUAUGUACGUUGAUUCUAUUGAAGUCGUUAGUGUGCGAGGUGACAAUUAAUUUAAAAGUUCCACGACGCCAUUUUACGUUACUUUUCAUUCAUCUCGACUAAAUUUCACCUUACACCUCGGGGAUUUUUUAUAAAAUUCAUGUUAAUUGUAUCCUUUUUGGAUUUCUAUACAUUUGACGACCUCGGUGGCGCAGUGGUAAAGUGCUUGCCCCUGAACCAAGAGGUCCCCGGGUUUGAUCCCCGGUCGGGUCAUGAUGGAAAAUGUUUUUUUUCGGAUUGGUCCGGGUCUUGGAUGUUUUUCUAUAUAUGUAUUUGUUAUAAAAUAUAGUAUCGUUGAGUUAGUAUCCCCUAACACAAGUCUCGAGACUUGUGUUAUGGGAUACUAACUCAACGAUACUUCAACGAUCAAUCUGUGUGAUUUGUCCUAAUAUUUAUUUAUUAUUUAUUUAUUUAUUUAUAAAAUUCAUGUUAAUUGUAUCCUUUUUGGAUUUCUAUAUAUUGCUAGUCACAAUUUGUUUAAAUCCAUACUUCCAUACCAAUAUUAUAAAUGCGAAAGUCUGCCUGUCUGUUCCGCUUUCACGGCUAAACCGUUGGACCGAUUUUAAUAAAUUUUGGUAUGCAAAUAGAUAAAAGGUUCCUUUUCAAAUAUCAAGCCCCAAAUGACUAUUAUGGGGAGUGAAUGUUUGUGUUCCACUUUUGCACUGCAAUUCACGCGGGUGAAGCCGCGGGCCAAAGCUAAUUUUCAUAUAAUUCUAUCUAAAGACUGAUUUAGUUUGUCUUGAUAACUUUUGAAAAAAAAUUAUGAGAUUACGUAUUAAUUUAUUAAAAA